UCUCUCUUCUGAAUAAUUUCAUCAUCACUGACCGGAGACCCAUCUCUCUCUCUCUUUCUCUCUCUUUCUCUCUCUACCUUCCUCGCCGUCAUAGAUUGAAUCAAGCAGGUGACGGCGAUGCAAUUUUCAUCUGUGAUUGGAAUAUAGUUUCAUCUGCACCAAAUCUCCAUCUCCAUCUCUCCGAUGGCGAUGUUCAUCUGAUCAGUUUCUUCACUUACACAAUUAACCGGGUUUCUAGUAGUCAACUCUCUGUCUCCUUCACUAUUUCGGUGGUUUUUAUGCCAUGUGAAUUCUAAAUAACAGGUUUCUGAUCUGCCUCACUGAGUUACUACUACUACUACUACUAUUAGUAGGUGUAGUAAAUUAAGCCUCUGAUAAUUUCCUGGGAGUUACUGAAUGGGAUCAGCUUGUUGUGUGGCUGUUAAAGAUAGGACUAUAACUAAUAAUAGUUCUAGCAGAGAAUUGUCACAUAGGAAUGUUAGGUACUCACCCUCUUGGAGUUUUCAGUGGGAGAAUCGAGGGCGGGUAGCUGAGGAAGUUACUUCUGUUAAUUGGUCGGGACAAGUAAGCAGGACCGAUCAAUUGGAAGUCAAGUCUGGUCGGACAACAGAAACCGCUUUUGCUUCUGAACUUGGUAGUCCAUUAGAGAGCUUUCAUAGACUCUCCUGGCAGAAGUCACCUGUAUCUGAAACAUUUGCAGAAAAUUCCAGACCUCAAGCUUCAGAUGGGUUAAAAGCUGCCGGUGUUCCAUUGGAGGUGAAGGAAAUAACAGUAUCUUCCCCAGCUGCUGUUUCUUCAUAUACACCGCCAAGAAAAUUAUCCCUUUCAGUUUCGUCAAUAUCAUCGGCAUCGCCUUUGUCAACUCAAAGUCACCUUGUUCCUUCCAUAUCAACUCCUUCAAGAUGGUCUCGGCAUUCUCCAAGCCACCACAGUUUGAUAAGACAAGCAUCGGAUAGCCGAAUUCCAGAACACUCGUCUCCUAGCUUCUCAAUCUCCGAACUCCGCGGAUGGAGCAACGCAUCCAACAAGGGUUCUGUGGGAGGAUCUUCGGACCGAACCACUUUCUCCGAAAUCGUUGCAACUUCUCGUAGAGAAAGGUGGUCGUUUGACAGCGAGUUUCUCGGUUUCAGACAUAAUAAUAGUAAUAGUAGCAGAGCCUCCGAACCGGGUAGUGAUUUGAGGAACUGUGGGGUUUGUUCGAAAGUGUUGUCAGAAAGAUCGUUUUGGGGUGGUCAGAAAAUAAUGGGUACUAACGAAGUGGGUGUUGUGGCGGUUCUGAUAUGCGGGCAUGUAUAUCAUGCUGAAUGUUUAGAAAGUAUGACGUCGGAAAUAAACAAGUAUGAUCCUGGUUGUCCAGUUUGCACGUUUGGUGAGAGGCAGGUGUUGAAGUUAUCGGAGAAGGCGUUGAAAGCUGAGAUGGAUUUGAGGGCCAAAAAUAGGAGGUCGAGGAACCGAGUUGUGAAUAGUAGCGACUUUGACGGUGACGAUAGUACUAGUGCUACUUUCAAUAGUAGUAAUAAUAAUAAUAAUGAAUCUGAGGGGAAGAAUAAGAAGAAGUUCAAGUUAGUAUCAAGUAGUAGUUUGAAAACGUCGUCAUCAUCGAGUAAAACACCCUUCCUAAGGAGACACUUCUCGUUUGGGUCGAAGAAUGCUAAAAAGACGUUUUUGGAGGAUAGACCUAGCCGCAGCAGCAAGAAGGGAUUUUUCUGGUCAAGAUCUUCCAAAGAGAAUGCUAGUUAGCUUCUUGCUAAUUUGUCAAUGUAAGGAAGGAGAUAUGUGUUAUUUUGUUUUUCUUCUUGUUGUGGUGGUGGGAAUUGUGGUUUGGUAUUAUUGAAAAAAGUGGUAGUAGGUUAUAGAGGAUUUAUAAAUUCAUACUAUUUUAUUGUGUAAUAAUAAUUAUUAUAGGAGAACAAGAAACAUCACAAUAGUAUAGGACAGUUGAAAAUGUCUCUCUACUAGUAAGAUACUAAUCUCUUGUACAUUUACAAACUCUACUAUCAUUGUUGGAAAAACAUCUUUUUCAUUUCAUUA